AUGGAAGAAUUCCUACUGGGAUACAGAGAAGUUGUGCCUGAUCAAACCGUACCAGAAAAAUGGCACGAAAUCACGUUGAACACGGGUAAAUGAUCGUAACCUCACUUUCAUCGAAUAAAUAAAAUUGUUCUUUAAGAAACAAUUAAGAUUAACUGUUCUUUACUCUAUGCCUAAGAAUUAUUUCUCAUUUACAAAAAUAUCUAUCGAUUCGACAACAUUACGCUUUAAAUCUCACGAUCUGAAUUUCUAACCUUACUUUUCAAAUAAAAAAUUAGUUACACGGUAUCUGUAUCUAUAAUUAUGUUAUUUUGCAGGUGGAAGUCAAAGUACUUUACAGGACAUAAAAGUUCCAGAAAGAGCUGGAGGCUAUUCAUAUAAUGAUGGCUCAAAAUAUUUUACACGAAAUAGAUUUAUUUAUUGGCGUAUUUGUCACGAUGUACUUGAGUUGGUUGAACACAGUUUAGAUAUCAACUUAGCUAACUGCAGAGUAAGAUAUAAAUUUACAGAUACACCCAUUUUGGAUGGUAUUUCUAUACAUGAAACAGUUAAUUCAGUCAUUGUAUUAAUAGCAACUGUUUCUAGUGUUCAUAAGUUAUCAUUUCCUCAUCCUGAAAGAAUACAUAAGAAUGAACACUCUUUAAGUACAUAUAAAGAUUUAGGUAUACAAUCAAUAUUUAGUGAAAUGUCUGCACAAACUGUGAAAAAAACUAAAGAAGAUCCUCACAUGUUUCAUGUAAUUACGAAUGCCGGAACUACAAAUUCUCCAGUUCCUCAUGCAGCUGCAUCAUGGUUCAUUCCACUACAAGAAGCAUUAUUUGCUCUUGCUUAUAAUUCUGGAACUAUACUUCUCUUAAGACUAGACACUAAAACUGGUCUUGUGCACACCAGUGAAUUAAAACAAGAUUCAAUAGUACCAAGAUUUCUUAGUGGUAUCGCAACUGCUUUCAGAGGACGUAGUUCUGAAGCUCAUGUGGCUAUGUCAUUAACUAUACAUAGUUGUGAAAAUGAUACAUAUUUGUUUGCUUUGUGCCGUGAAGGUAAUAUUCGGAUGUGGUCUUGCAAUAAAACUCAAUGCGUGGCCGUAACUGAUACAGCGAUAGAUAAUCGAGUUGCAUCUCAAGGUGCACAAGGCCAUAUAUUACGAAAAACAUUAGGCCCUAAUAAUGAGUUAUACUUAGGAAUUUUUUUAAAAUUUAAUACCAGAUGUGAAUUUAGUAUUUUAAAACCGAUUCAAGAUAAUGGCAUGUUUAAAUUUGUUAGAUUAUAUACCAAGUUUGCACAAGAUCAACAUUUAGUUGAUUUUUUCUUUACUACUACCCGAUUAUGGGCUGUCUGGAGAACUACUGAUAUGGAUACAGUUGAAGUAACACAUGCUCAAUUAUCAUUGAGCGGUGCGCGUGUUAACUCUGAAUGGGAAGCUGCAAUUCUAGAGCAAACACCGGAUAGGGACUAUAUUCUUAGCGAUGCUGAUACUGAUCCGAGACAAGCAUACAUCAAUUACAUUUUUCAGCCUGGACAAUUUUCUUUGACAGAUAUAACAAAAGCGUUGAACAUAUACCGAAGGUCCAAUUGUAUAGAAGAUAAAAUUCUUUCCGCUGCUGAAUUGAAAGACCGUGUGUGUAUUGCGGUAGAAGCUGAAAUACAAGCUGAAAUUAUGGAUUACGAACUGAUGGAUGAAGAUUAUUUAGAAAUUGCAAAUCGUUGUUGGUCAAAAUUUUAUUCUUGCGUCAUACAGUAUCAUGCCAACAGCACCAGGCCAGUGGGAUUAUUAUUAUUGCCAAGCGUUUAUGGGGUAGUUCUUCUUAAAAAGUCAUGCUUCUCACUUUUGAGACCAAUGGAAGCUUUGGAAUAUUUAAUGUUUUGCAAUGAAAAAUCAUACACAUCGCGAUUCAAGACAACGCCAGUUUUAUCGCAAGACGAGGAUAUAUGUCAGGAUCUCAUUACUUUAAUGUCAGCAUUGGUUCUAUUAGAGGAACAAUUAUCCGAAGAAACUAAAACAACGAUAAAAAAGGAACUGUAUCAUUUGAAAAGUCCAGAUAUCAUUAUUGACGAUUUAUUAUCAAAGCUGAUGUUAGAAUCAGAAGAACCAAUUAGUAAUUUUAUCACGCAUCAUCCUAGUUGUCAUAGAUUGUCAAACGUCAGAGAUAUAUCUAGCGCUAUGGCAAUGUUGUUGGAAACAUUAACAUACGAUCUUGGGCAACCAAACAAAUUACAUCUAAAUGAUGAUCAUGAUGCUUCGAAACUAUUAGUCAAUAUAAAUCACUUCUUCGGUAGCCAUUUGGGUAUCUCGGCAAUUUCAAAAAGUGUAGCGCAAAUAACGCAAUUGAGGUUUGCAAUUUGCAGGAAUUUAUCGAUUUUGCAACAGAUGAUACUGCUACGACCUGAGUUGUUUGAUUCGCGAUCUUUGCAUUCCAUAAAAUCGUCGCUAGCACCCAAGACAGUAGUGUUAAUGCAGGCUUAUUACGUUGUAACGUGGAUAUGUGAAUCCACGGCAUUACCAAUGCCUGUGCAAUCUCUAUUAGAUUCCAGUAUUCAGCGUCUAGCAUUAUUGAAGCUCGUUGAUUCGAGAGCAAACAUAGGAUUCAAGCAACAUCGAUCUUUAUCGUUACUAGAAUUAUUUAUACAAAGCAGUGGUGCGAAACAUGCUCACAAUUUGAUGGCUCAUACAAACCUAGAUGCGACUACAUUAAUUCCUUGGCAUUAUGGUAUGUUAACACAUAUCACCUUCAUUGCACAACUCAUUUGGCCAAGAUCUGGAAAUUUUAUUUUUCCUGAAUGGCUAUUGUCCAGUUGUCAGUUUUUAUUGGUCCAAGAAUACGUAAGGCUUCUGAAUACGUGGUGCGAGUGGAACAGUGCAUCGAGGAAAUUUAUAUUGGCGGUCGCAUUACUUGAAAUGGGAGAAGCACAAAAAGCUUGCGACCAUUUUCUUCGAGCUUCCAGAGGAAUUUUAACGGAUGAAUUUUUAACUGACGCCUUACUCGAAUCCAGCAUACUAUCCGAAAAUAGUUCGUUAGUUCAGUAUUAUCUAAAAGUUAUCAAAUUAUUUGAAGAACAUAAUGCUUUCGACUGUAUCAUAGAACUCGCCGAAACAGCUAUAUUAAUGGCUGAUAAAGACGAUCCUAAUUUACCAACACUUCACUCAAUAGUAUUUAUGCAACAUUUGAACUUGGGUCACCAUAUCAAAGCUUACAAUUGCUUAAAUUCGAAUCCAGAUGUUGCACGUAGAGUAGAUUGUUUAAGACAAUUAGUAGUAACUCUUUUUGAACGAAAGAAAUUAAUAGAUUUAAUUUCAUUUCCAUACGUCGAUAUGUAUGAAGAUUUGGAAAGAAUAGUAGAAGGUAGAGCCAGAAGUGUGGAUCUCAUGGAAAAUAAUUAUUACAAUUUUUUAUAUAGCUUUCAUGUAAAUAAAGGAAAUAUGCGGAAAGCUGCAUCAGUCAUGUACGAGCAAGCUAUGCGUUUGAGCCAAGAAUCGCAGUCCGUUGCAAUUGUAUCAAGGCAAGCUCAGUGCUUGUUAGCGUGUAUUAACGCGUUGCAUCUUGUCUCUGAAAAAUAUAGAUGGAUCGUCAGGCCUGUAAUCGAUCAGAACUAUUUAGAGGAAAUGGAUUAUGAAGUACAAACAAGAAGUAUUAGUAACGAAGAUGCUUUGCAUUAUGUAAUAAAGAAACAAGUUGAAGUUCUCGAAUUAAAUGACAUAAAAAGAGAAUACUAUAUUGUGGAUGCGAGAUUGAAGAUAUCGAAAAUAAAUUCAGAAUUGCAUGUUGUUUCGCAUGCUGGACCUUCGGAGCUUAUUAUCAUUCUACCGACUAUUGGACUGUACACGACAGCAUUGCACUUAUGCGAUGAAUUUAAAGUUAAUAAAAGUUCUGUGCUUGAAAGCCUUACUUCGCAGUGUAUACGGUUGAGCCGAGGAGAAGAUCCAAAUGCAUGGGACUGGCUCAUUCAAAACGAUAUAUUUGAUAUUGGUUUAUCUAAUACAAACAUCACGAACACUGCUUGGAGAUUGUUAGAAUAUUUAACGUUGAAACAUGAAAAUGAUAGAUGCAGUGAGUUGCAUAAAGCAGUGGCUCGGAAAUUACUUCAAGAAGGAGCUUUCAUACCUCAGUGGUUAUUAAUGUCAUACAAGAAACGAAAUGCUGCAGAACUUCUUCGUCUCAUGUUAAAUACUGGUAGAAUAUUAGAAGCUAGCGAGUUAGGAGUUGAAUACAUCAAUGCUGUUUUGGGUAAAGGUAAAGAAAAUUUUGGUCUUAAAACGCACUUAACGUCCGUAACUCCAGCAGUCUGGCUACCACUCAAUACUUUAGAAGUGUUACUGUAUGAAUUGAAAGAAGUUAGUGAAAAUCCUAUCUUUUCUGAGAGUUAUCAGAGAUUGCAAGAAGCAUUAAAUAACUAUGAACAAAAAGUGAUAAGGGUGUCGAAGGAUAUGAUUCAAAUAAAAUCGAGUAGCAAGAUUCGCUAG